AUGGAGGAGGGCCCUGCGCAAGGGAAGCUGUCCAUCGCAGCGGCUUGCGCCCAGGGAUCUGGGCAUCUGCUUCCCAUCCUGAACAUCUGCACCGAGCUCUCCAAACGAGGGCACAAAGUCAAGGUGUACAUGCCGGACUUCGACAAAGAGAACACCGAGAAGUUGACUCGGAAAAGCGGAUCGGAGUUCGUCCCUCUGGACUCGCAAGGCAACACUGAAGAGGGCAUGAAAGAAAAAGCAAAUCAGAAGGGCACGAAUCAGUUCUUGCUCUGGGAAGAGAUUAUGUUGCCGGCUAUGAGGAGUGAGUUUUCAAAGAGCAGGCCAGAUGUGGUGCUAGCGGACUUCGCUUCGCCGGCAGGAGCUGCGAUGGCUGAGGAGAUGAACAUCCCUCUGGUGAUUAAUAUUCCAGGCCCUCUAACAGGAGCCCAUGUCUUCAUGGGAAUGGCCGAUCCAUCAACUGCCGUCAAUUUCCUCGGGUUGCACAUCGCGCGGCAGCGCCUGAGUAUUAUGGCUCUUGCCAGAUUUCUAAAUCUGAAGUCUUUCCGCACCUUGGGAUCAAAGAUGCGUCAUCAUGUUGGCAGAGGUGCGAUUGUGCUGGUGCAGACUGUUUGGGGACUUGACCAGACAACCCCGGUGUACCCCAAUAUCGUCGUGACUGGCCCCGUUCUACCACCAGCAGCUGACCUGCGAGAGAAGUUAGCCAAAGACCAUGGGGAGCUUUACAAGUUCCUCCGUGCGAGUGAGGGCGGUGCUGGUGUGGUGUACGUGACCACAGGAAGCCAGGUGAAGCUCUUCGACUGGCAGGUGCGGGCUCGGUACCAUGGCCUCAAGCGAACCAAGUUUCCAGUCGUUUGGAGCUUGAAGGAGGAGAUGCAAAAGCUCCUGCCCAACAAGGAUGACCCAGACUUCUUCAUCAGCAAGUGGACGCCCCAGGCUGAGUUGCUGCAAGACCCUGCCAUCAAGGUGGUGAUUACUCAUUGUGGGUGGGGUGGCACCUUGGAAACUUUGACUGCUGGGAAGCCAAUCGUGGCCAUUCCUUUUUUUGGUGACCAGCCGAUCAACGCGUCCCUCUUGAAGGAGCGGGGCGUGGUGGAGCCCAUCGGCAGGGUCCCGACGAGAGUUGGUGGCGCACCGAAUCCCUACAAAGAAGGCUGGAUGACGGAGGGCACCGUCUACGCAGCAGUGACCAAGGUCAUGAAAACCCCUUCAUACACAGAAGCGGCUCAGAAGCUGAUGAAAUCAUCCCGCGCAUCCGGUGGUGCGGCAGCUGCAGCACAGCAAGUGGAAUGGGCCGGGUGGUAUGGCACUGACCACAUGAAGCCCACCAACUUUGAUCAUGUGACGGGGUCAAAUCCGUUCAGCGGCUGUUUCGCCGGGCUUCUCGCCGUUGGCGCGUGCGCUGCUGCUGUGGUGUAUCUCAAAUGGGGGCUUCUAUCUAGUCUACUGUGA